GGAGAGAGUAUCAGCUGACAGAUGUAAACAAGGGUGAGGCGUCACACAGGAAGGAGCAUGAAGCACCAAGAUGAAUGUUGCACUUAGCAGUCGAGAAGUUCUUCAUCUCUCUGUGGGUCCAGGAGUAAAGUCAUGGAGCAUCUUUGUCGGUGUGCUAUCAGUUGGUGUGGGAGCAUCAUACUACAGUCCAGAUGAACAUAUUCUCAUGAAGAUAGCUUAUCUGACUGGUUGCCUCAUUUUGGGACUCACAUUUUUAGAUGACUGGGAGGAUUGUGUAUUUGAUAAAACAAAGGGACUGGUAACCAUGACUCGCCGCAACUGGUUUGAGUGGUUAACGAGCCGCUGUGCUGAUCACAACACUCUGGUCUUAGAUACAAGCUCUGUGAUGACUGUGAGAGUUGUACAUGGCAGUGGAAGACUCAAGGAUGGCUAUCAAGUUGCACUGGUACUGAGAGCAGGAGGCACUGUUCCUCUUUCUGAGACUAGUAUAGGACUUAAAAGUGAUCAGGAGCAGCUGGCCAGCAGUGUUCGCAGUUUCCUUUCACUUGAUCGAGUAGAAGCCGUUCGAAAUACAUGGACAGAUUGGACAGAAAGUGAUGAAGAAGAUUUUUUAUUUGUUUAUCAACCACCAGUUGAGGUUGAAAGUUUAAAAGGUAGUGGAAACCUAAAUUUUGAAGAAGUUAAGCAAGAAAAUGAGAACAACUUGCCAGAGUAUCACAGGAAUGACACCGACAGCUCGAGUGAAGAGGAGCUGUUUGAUGUCCUCUAGUGUAGUACUGAGGUGUAGAAUAUAGAGUAAAUUUUUUUAUCAUAUUAGGAAAUUCUGAUUAAUAAUAAUAUUAAAGUCCAAGCCUGCAAAGCUAAGCAUAAUGAUUUUUAAUCCAAAAUGUAUUUAUAUUCCCCCAGGAAUAAAUUUUUAAGAAAAUGUGAAGCAUUUUUUUUAAUCUACUGGGCAUAUCAUUAUUGAUGUUAUAACUUCCUGUAGAUUUCUCUCUGAAGGAGUGGGAAACACCACAGCGAAUUUGAUUUAAUAAUAGGUUAAUGGGUCUCACAAACAAUAAUUAAUCGUCAGAAUACUCACAGUAGAUUAUACUUGUCUUGUGUUUUUAAUAGUGAUACUGUAUGUCUUUCCUCUUGAUAUUGUGUAGUGUCCUGCUGUGUGGUUUAUGCCGAUACAAAUAUUUAUAGGAUGCAUAUUUUAUUUUAAUUAAGUAUAGUAAAGGCUUUGACUUAAUAUUUAAGUAUGUUUAAAGUUAUAUACAGUACCAUAUAAAGUGAUAUAUGUAGGAAGUAGUUAUAUAAGUACUUUUGAUGUGCUUUAUAAGUGAAUUUAGGACCCAUUUUGCAUGUACUAUUAAUAGAAAAAGUUUAAAUUUAUUUUCAAGAAACUGAUGAGCCACAGCAUUAGUAGUUUGUUAAGCUACUCAGAAUAUGUCAAAUUUUAAAAAAUAUUGUUAAUAUUAUUUUGUAGAUAUUAUCAAUAUUAAGCAUUUGUAACUCUACGCUAAUCAAAAUCUAAAAUAGAUUAAUAAUUUUAUUUUAAACA